AUGGCGUUCUGGAAUUAUAUCCCUUGUGUGAUAUUUAUUAUCACUUUGCUUCUUUGGAGAAAAAUAUGGUUGCUUUACUACGCUUGGAAAAUUCCUGGAGCAUUUUCACUACCCCUGGUGACCACUGUGCAAAUCUUAUGUGCAAAAAAAGAUACUGCUUUCGAAAUUUUAUGUCGAAGCCUGGAUGCCUAUAGACCCAUAGGGAAAGCCUGGAUAGGUUCACAAUUGUAUAUAGCGACCAUGAGACCGACAGACGUUGAAAAAAUCUUGACAAAGUGCCUAAAUAAGUCACCUUUCUACGAUAAUUUGAACGAUGUAAUAAAAAAUACCCUAGUGACAUCAAAAGUCGACGUCUGGAAAAAACAUCGAAAAAUCAUCAAUCCCUCUUUUAAUUUGAAGAUUUUAAAUUCGUUUCACGAUGUAUUUGUGAAAUAUUCAAGAGAAAUUGUGGAGUUCUUGAAUGAUGGAGAAGGUCGCGAGCAAGUGGGUCUCAUUUCAGUCCUCUGGGAACAGACAUUUGAUGCUUCUUUAGUUUUAUUAUUGUUGUUAAAUACUAUUUUAACAGAAACCUUGACAAACGUAAGACCACAUGUCAUCAAGGAAAGACACAAUGCCAUUAGAGCCAUCGUGAAAAUUGAAAAGAUACUUAUACAGAGAUUCUAUAAGUUUUGGCUUCUCAUUGGUUUUAUUUGGAAAUUAUCUAACUUACAUAAAGUGCAUCAAUCGGCUUGCCAAACUUUUCGUGCAAUUUUCGAAAAAAUUGUAACAGAAGCAUACAAAGCACAUGAGUCCGAAAACAGGAAUGAUGAAACUAUUCGAAAUGACCCUUUUCUCCCGCACUUGAUCAAACUAAACCAAUCUAAGCAGAUUACCCGUGAAGACAUUUUAGAAGAAACGUGUUUUAUGGUUAUUGCAGCAAGCGAAACGACAGCACUCACAGUCAACGCGGUUUUAAUGAUUUUAGGAAUCAAUCCAGACAUUCAAGAAAAAGUUUACCAGGAACUCGUUUCAGUUCUGCCACUCAUAGAAAAAGAUCCGACUUUGGAAGAGAUCAGGCGUCUGGAUUAUCUAAAACGCGUGAUAAAGGAAACUUUGAGAUUAUGUCCUGCAGUUCCUUUUAUUUUGCGAUAUGCCGACGAAGACAUUAAUUGCGAUCCUUAUGUUUUUCCUGCCGGGUCGAACAUGUACAUUCCUAUAAUACACUUGCACAAGGAUCCGGAUGUGUGGCCUGAGCCGGAAAAAUUUGAUCCAGAUCGGUUUCUCCCGGAUGAAGUUGCAAAAAGGCAUCGUUGUUCGUACAUUCCUUUCAGUUUUGGUGCCAGAAACUGUAUAGGUGUCAAAUAUGCUAUGAUGUCAAUAACAGUAAUACUUGCGACGAUCCUGAGACGCUUCAAGGUACACACUCCUGAUUUGAAAUCAUUGAAAGACAUCGAGUGGGAAUAUUUCGUCGUCCUGAAGCCAAAAUAUAGUCGUUUCGUUUUCGAGAAAAGAAGAUUUUAA